AAAAACAGUCCGCGCCGCCCUUUGCAAUGGACUUCCUUGUACAGUAUCGGGUUACACACACACACACACGCACACUGAGUCACUGGUGGAAUUUACGCACUGUGUCUCUCCAGGAUGGACGCGCUCCCCUUAUGAGGACUUCACCCCUGUGUUUAUCCAGUCUGAGGCGCACUUCUGGCGUGCCAGGAGGAGAUAGACCUUGGAAGACCCCCAACACCGACCAUUAUAAUUUAUUCCUCUGCAUCUGCUCGUUAGAAGAAGAGAAUUGGAUCUGUCCACCAUGUCCAUGUCCACUCGUGCACUCCGGGAAAUGCUGCAGAGGGCUGGAAAUGACACCUGUGCGGACUGUGGAGCAGCAGAUCCCGACUGGGGUUCGACCUCAUUGGGGGUGUUCAUCUGCUUGGCCUGUUCCGGCAUUCACCGGAACAUUCCCGACAUCAGCAAGGUCAAGUCGCUGAGUCUUUCCCAUUGGGAGGACCACGAGGUCCAGUUCAUGGCGGAGAACGGAAACGAGUGGAUGAAGAACAAAUACGAGGCCGCCGUUCCCGUCUACUAUUACAAGCCGUCACACAAAGACUGCCAGGUGCUGAAGGAGCAGUGGAUUCGAGCAAAGUACGAGCGCAAGGAAUUCACCGAAUCGGCCAACAAGUUUACGUACGAGCAAGCCAUCAGGGACGGCACUUUGAUGAAAAGGGGCCGCGACAACGGCCUCUUCCUCAGCAGGCGAUUCGUCCUCUCUGAGCGGGAGGGCACGCUCAAGUACUUCACCAAACAUGAUGCCAAGGAGCCCAAAGCGCUGAUCAAGGUGGACAGCAUCAACGCCACCUUCCAGCCCGACAAAAUCGGACAUCCCAACGGCCUGCAGAUUACGUACCUCAAAGAUUACAGCACCCGCAACAUCUUCCUUUACCACGACAGCGGCAAGGUCCGCCUCGGAGUGACGCUACCGCAAACGCGCGGGUCGCCGAGGGGUCCGUACCUUGGUCCCGGCCCGAUUCUUUGCCUUGUCCCCCCGCAGGAGAUCGUCGACUGGUUUAAUUCCAUCCGAGCCGUCCAGCUUCACUACAUGAAGGUGGCCUUUCCCGGAGCCACCGAUGCAGAGCUGGUUCCGAAACUCACCCGUAACUUCCUGAAAGAGGGCUACAUGGAGAAGACGGGUCCCCGGCAAACAGAAGGCUUCAAGAAACGUUGGUUCACUUUGGACCAGAGACGACUCAUGUACUACAAGGACCCGCUGGACGCCUUCGCCAAGGGCGAGGUGUUCCUGGGCAGCAAGGAGCACUACAGCGCCUCGGCCGGCCUGCCCGCCGGCACCUACUGCAACGGCGCGUGGCAGCACGGCAUCACCAUUGUCACGCCCGACCGCUGCUUCCUGUUCACGUGCGAGACGGAGGCCGAGCAGCUCGACUGGCUCAAGCUUUUCAACGACGUCAUGAACGCGCAGAUGUCACCGCAGGAGUACACCAUGGAGGCUUUGUUCAAGCACAGACAUUGACCCAGCAACAGAUUGCCAACAGGAUUUUUUUUUUGGGGGGGGGGGGGGGGGGGGGGGUUUGGCCCCCAAUCAAGCGUUCAAAAAACCAGGACUGAAAAUAACAGGCAACGAGUGGGCCAUCUUCUCAAGCGUUCAACAAUCCAACAGCGCCACUCAGUGGCUCUUUUUAUAUCCUAAAUCAUGAUAAGUCUCUCCGAUUGUAUUUUCUUUUCUUUAAUAUAUUUUGGGAGGCUUACACUUCCAUUGCAUUUAAGAAAAUGUUUCUGUCAGAGUAAUUUGCCGGGGCUUUGUUUUUAAAAAAUGUUUUUCAGAGUACAUUUUUUUUCAGGUUUACAAAUAUGUUUUUCCGAUUUAUUUUCUAUUUUCUGGAAUCGUUUUCUUUUGACAGAUUUUUGUUUCUCUUUUAGGGGGUAUUUUUCUCCAUUUUUUUUUGUCAAUGACAGAACCCCCUCAAAUCAAACAUGCGAAAAAAAAUCCAUAUAACUGAAAGAAACACAGGAACUUAAAAAACUAUUAAAAAAAAUAAAGUUCCAAGUAAAUUACUCAGACAAAUGUAUCCAAAUAAAUGCAAUCUGCUUCCCUACCUCUUACUCUUUUUUUUUUAACACGCAAAAUGAUUUUUACUGAAUAAAAAGUUUGUCGCCUUCA